AUGAUUGGUUCACAAUUUCCAAAAUAUGUGGCAUUGUCUGCUCUCUUUGUUCUAAAUGUUGGUGCUCUGGAUACUUUUAUUGCAGCAGUUUAUGAGCAUGCUGUUAUAUUACCAAACAGAACAGAAGAAACACCUGUGUCAAAAGACGAUGCUUUGGUCCUAAUGAACAAGAACAUAGACGUUUUGGAGAAAGCAGUAAAGCUGGCAGCUAAGCAGGGUGCCCAUAUCAUUGUGACUCCAGAAGAUGGCAUAUAUGGUUGGAUUUUCACAAGAGAAACCAUUUACCCUUACUUAGAGGAUAUCCCAGAUCCCAAAGUGAAUUGGAUUCCAUGUGGAGACCCCCAAAGGUUUGGUUAUAAUCCAGUACAAGUGAGACUCAGUUGCAUGGCCAAGGACAACUCUAUUUACAUUGUGGCAAAUGUCGGAGAUAAGAAGCCAUGUGAUGCCAAAGACCCCCAGUGCCCUGCUGAUGGCCGUUACCAGUACAACACUAACGUGGUGUUUGAUUCUGAGGGUAAGCUGGUGGCACGCUACCAUAAGUACAAUCUUUUUGAACCUGAAAUACAGUUUGACUUCCCCAAGGAGUCAGAAUCUGUGACUUUCCAAACCCCUUUUGGGAAGUUUGGCGUUUUCACUUGCUUUGAUAUUUUUUCUCACGACCCUGCUGUGGUUGUGGUGGAUGAGUAUCACGUUGACAGCGUGCUCUUCCCCACUGCCUGGACCAACACGCUGCCUCUCCUCUCGGCCAUUCCCUUCCAUUCGGCGUGGACCAGAACCAUGAGAGUCAAUCUCCUUGCUGCAAACACCCACACCACCAGCAUGCACAUGACAGGGAGUGGAAUCUAUGCACCGGAAGCAGUCAAGGUGUACCACUAUGACAUGGAAACCGAGAGCGGCCAGCUGAUGCUGGCAGAACUGAAGUCUCGGCCUUCCCAGGAGCUCACCUACCCAGAGGCUGUUGACUGGAGUGCUUAUACCAACAGUGCCAAGCUGUUUUUGUCUGAUCAGCCAACUUUUCCAGGAAUGAUUUAUUUUGAUGAGUUCACCUUCAUUGAACUCAAGCAAAGCACGGGAAAUUACACAGUUUGCCAGAAAGGCCUGUGUUGCCACUUAACUUACAAGAUGUCAGAGAAGCGGCCAGAUGAGGUGUAUGCACUGGGUGCUUUUGAUGGACUGCACACAGUAGAAGGCCAAUAUUACUUGCAGAUCUGCACACUACUGAAGUGUCAAACCACUGACCUAAAUACGUGUGGGGAGCCUGUGGGGUCAGCAUUUACCAAGUUUGAAGAAUUCUCCCUCAGUGGCACAUUUGGGACAAGUUAUGUUUUCCCACAGGUUGUUCUAAGUGGGAGCCAACUUGCCCCUGAAACACAUUAUGAGGUUUCGAGAGAUGGUCGUCUGAGAAGCAGGAGUGGAGGCCCUUUGCCAGUCCUCGUUAUGGCCCUGUACGGAAGAGUGUUUGAGAAGGACCCUCCUCGCUUAGGGCAGGGGCCUGGGAAGUUACAAUGA